CAGAAGAAAGUGCUCUGUUUUAUUUUGUCAGUGGCGAUGGGAGGAUGGCUAAUGUUCUGUGUGGCGUUAUGGGCAUGGUCCUUGCAAGCUGUUUCAGCUGGAGGCAGUCAAAUGAAGUGCAACCUGGGCUCUAAACUAUGCAAGGAUGGCUCAGAAUGUAUCCGCUAUAGCCACGUGUGCGAUGGAGAGCCUGACUGCAGGGAUGGCUCGGAUGAGGAGGACUGUGACUCUGGAUGCACUGAAGAUCAGUUCCAGUGUGCCCAUGGGAAGAAGUGUAUUGACAAGGACCAGGUGUGUGACGGCGUGCCUCAGUGCCAGGACCGCUCCGAUGAACAGCAAUGCCUUAAACAUACCGAGGGCUGCGUUCACCAGUGUGAUGACAACAGCCGCUGUCUGCCUGCAAACUUCCUCUGUGACGGCGAGAGGGACUGUUUGGAUGGCACUGACGAGGCCAAAUGUGAUGGUCAAGAGGAAGAAGAGCCCAUUGAAGCGCCUGCGUCAACUGUUUCUGGUCAGGCUGCUCCCAUCAGAUGUCCACUGGGAUCCAAACUCUGCAGGGACAACUCUGACUGCGUCCACUACAACCACGUCUGUGACGGGGAAGCCGACUGCAGAGAUGGCUCAGAUGAGGAAGACUGCCUAUCAGAAUGUGAAAAAGAUCAGUUCCAGUGUGCCCAUGGAAAGAAGUGCAUAGACAGGAGCCAGGUGUGUGACGGGGUGCCCCAGUGUCAGGAUCGUUCUGAUGAACUUGAAUGCACAAAGUACGUGGAAGGCUGUGCUCACCAGUGUGACGAGAAGAGCCGCUGCAUCCCCAGCAACUUCCUGUGCGACGGCGAGAAGGAUUGUGCAGAUGGCAGUGACGAGGCCACCUGUGCUGGCCAGGAGUGCAGCGCAGCAGAGUUCAGGUGUACCAGUGGGCAGUGUGUCCCCGCCACCAUGCGUUGCGACGGCCAUCCAGACUGCUGGGACCGUUCGGAUGAAGAGGACUGCACCAAAGCGCCCGACUGUACCACCAAACACCGCUGCCCCCAGAGCAAAGAGUGCCUGGUGCAGGAGUGGCUCUGUGAUGGAGACCAGGACUGCAAAGAUGGCUCCGAUGAGAAGGAUUGCCCUGUGGAGCCACUAAUCUGUGGAGACUUCCAGUGGUCAUGCAAGUCAAAGGCGAAGUGCAUCCCAGCACCCUGGAGGUGUGAUGGCAUGAAGGACUGCGAUGAUGGAAGUGAUGAAACGGAAUGUGGGCUGGUGACCUGCCCACCUCAUGAGUUCCAGUGUGGCAGUCACGAGUGCCUGGAUCCCGUCCUGGUUUGCAACAGUGUUACCAACUGUGCAGAUGGCUCAGAUGAGGGAGGCAGCUGCCAGUCUGCCUGUACAGAGGCCAAUGACAGGCAGUGCUCUCAAGGCUGCUACAGCACACCUCAGGGAACGCGCUGCUACUGUGAAACCGGGUACAAACUCCAAGAGGAUGAGCGGACAUGUGCUGACGUUGAUGAAUGCAAUGGCCAGACGCCUGUGUGCAGUCACCUCUGCAUCAAUACUGCAGGUUCAUACCAGUGUGACUGCCAUCCAGGCUUUAUAAUGGAGGCAGGUGGACACCAGUGCAAAAUCACAGGUGAACCCUUCCUGCUGUCGUCAGUCCAAACAGACCUCUACUUGUAUGGCUUGCGUAGUGGAAGCCUCGAUGUCUUGUCUUCCUCGGCCAAGAAAUCCAUUUUGUCUCUGGAUUAUGACUGGAGGGAUCAGAGGGUCUUCUGGGUCGGUGUGGACACCGAGACAAUCAGGUGGUCUUCACUUGACCAGAAGUCAACAGGAACUGUAGUCAAAGGUGUUAGAGCAGAUUCUGUAGCUGUGGACUGGCUCGGGAGGAACCUGUACUGGAUUGAUGGUGUGAAUAACCAGAUUGUUGCCAUCAAGCUAGCAAAAACUUCAGUGAAGUCACUGGACAGAAGCGUCAUCCUGGAUGAGGACCUGGAUCAGCCCCGCUCUCUGGUGCUGCUGCCACAAAAAGGACUGAUGUUCUGGACUGAGAUCGGUAAUGUAGUGAAGAUUGAACGUGCUGGGAUGGAUGGGUCUGAGAGGAGGGCACUGGUAAAUGCCAGUUUAGGCUGGCCAGGUGGCAUAGCAGUGGACACCAUUUCAGACAGGAUUUACUGGACAGAUGAAAGACUGAAGGUGAUCGGAUCUGUCACACUUGAUGGCAAUGAUAUUCAGAUCCUUCAGAUGAAAGAGACCACAAACCCAUUCUCUGUGGCAGUUUUCAAUGACAUGCUGUACUGGUCUGACGCCAAGAGGCGGAUAGUGCAGGCUGCUAGUAAGCUAUCUGGUAAAAACCAUAGAGUUCUUCUGAAAAGACUGAGGCAGCCUUUUGCUGUGAAGGCAAGUAUCAAAAUCAUCCACCCAAUACUCCAGAUGGAUACUGGGAGCCCUUGCAAGAAGAUGUCCUGCUCACACAUGUGUGUGCUGGCCCCCAGACGCAAGGCUGUGUGCAAGUGUCCCUCCGGUCUCUUACUGGCUGAGGAUGGCCUCACCUGCUCCACUCUGGUCGCUUCAACAUUCCUGCUGUUUCUGUCUCCCUCCACAGUCACACAGAUCUACCUGCAAUCCCGCCAAGUGGCAUCAGAGCUGAAGGGCUGGCCUGAACACUUGGCUCUUCAGGUUCCUGGUGUCAAUGAAGCUACCAUCAUGGACCACAGCCUACGGGAACACACUCUGGUGGUGACGGACAGUGGCACAUCAUCUUUCAACUCCUUUAAGAUGAAGGACUCUGCGCUGAUCUCCCAAGGCCAGCUGCUCAAACUGCAGGGCGACUCCAUCACAGCCAUGGCCCUCGACUGGAUAACCCUAAAUGUGUACUGGAGCAGCAACAAACAGCCCCGCCUUCAGGUCACCACAAACACAGGAAAAUACACAGCAGUCCUCAUUAAAGAUGGCAUUGGUAGGGUCAAGGAUAUUGCCCUCCACCCUCCCACUGGCAGAGUUUGCUUCACAAAUCUGAACCUGGAGGAUGCAAAUGACAAGGCGGCAAUCGAAUGCGCCCACAUGGACGGAGCCAAGAGAAAAGUUGUGUGGAAAGAUGCUGCCAAGCCAACGUCUCUGGUUUUCUCAAGAAACGGGAACACAAUUUAUUGGGCGAACACUGGAAUGGGGACGGUUGGUUCUGUCAACUUGGAUGGCUCUGAAUACAUGGAGUUGGAGGCUGGCGAUGGCCUGACUGCUUUGGCGCUGGGGGAUAACAAGCUCCUGUGGAUGACUGUUGGUGACAUGACCAGACUUUGGUACAGAGACGAACAACAGCAGCAAAAGAAACUGUGGUUUGAGGUCGGCUCAAAAGUGAUCAGCUUCAAGGCUUUCAGCAAGUCCAGUCAGGCCGGCUCCAACCAGUGUGCAGAAAACGGCGGCUGUCAGCACCUGUGCCUUGCCACCCCAUCUGGUCGGACAUGCAUGUGUGCCCACGACCACGUCAGUGUAACGGAGACUAACUGCAUCCCUGAGCAGAGCUGCCCCGCCGGAAGCCGACCCUGUCUGGAUCAAGUCUCAUGCCAGCUUGUUGAGAAAUUCUGCGACGGGCACGUCGACUGUUCCGACCACUCGGAUGAAAACUGUGAGUCUAAGCACUUUAAAGGAACGUGUAAAAGGACUUUUUUCCCCCUCAAACAUUUGGCUGAAACCUCUCCGACAGGUGUUGCCCUGACGCGGAGGUCGGGAACUAAAGUGUCAGCACCCAAACCUCUCGGACCCUCUCCUUCCUCCACCCGUCCUCCCUCUGUGGUGGCCCCCUCGCACGCCUCCGGGAACGAGAGCAUUCAGCUCCUGAACCUGGAGGCCCAGCAGUGCGGCCAGCAGAGCUGCAGUGGAAACGGGCGCUGUGUGACCCUGAAGGGGGUGGUUUCCUGCGUGUGCUCAGAGGGUUAUGAUGGCGACUCCUGUCAGCAGCUCACAAAGGCUUCACAGGCUCCCAUCAUCUACGGCGUGGUGGGGCUCUGCGUGGGGGUCGUGGUCAUAGCUGUGGUUGUGGUGGCGAUAAAAAGGAGCGCUGCAUCAAGGAGAGAAAACCCAGAGACCUCAAAAGCGAUGAGCAUGGCUGAUCUGGAAAAAAAAGAAGGGACCACCCUGGCAGCUGCUGACAAACCAGAGGAACCUUCUGAGGCGGGAUGCUGAUGUAUGAACAGUGUUUUAAAUAAAUAACUUGCAUUUUUCAAUUGAUGGCUAAAGUUUCUGUUUACUUAACUACUU